AGGUCAUUUUGAAAUGGACCUUCAGGUAGUAUUGGGGGUGGAAAAAUCCCCUUUCUCUGACCGCAUUUUGGCCACCCCAGCAACACCACCCCCACAGAGGUGUCAGGUGUCAGUGCUUUGUGAUGUCCAAGCCACCCCAGGACUACCACUGGAUAGGGGUGCCCCAUUCUGACCAAACAAAGCUGAAGGGUGGGGCUUCUCAUCACCCAGGGCUGGGUAUACAUAAGGAAGUCAGGAGCAUGGGGUAGACCACUGGGAGGCUUCAAUAUGGCUAAGGAGACCCGCACACCAGUGAAGCCCAAAGAAAAUACGAAACAACCAAUUGUAAGCACGAAAAAGCCAACCCCGAGAACCAAAGAGAAGAAGGAAAAGAAGAACUCUCGUCAACAAAAGACCAACAAAACUGGCAAGGUGGAGAAGAAAAUCAUAAAGGUAAAAAAACCCCUUCAAAGGAAUUCAAGAAAGAAAACUCAAUCACCUCCUUCCUGCUCCAAAAAGCCUAGGAUCACAAUGACACCAACAACAUUUGCGUGUCACCACGAGCAGAAUAAGACGCAAAAUAAAACUCAGAAGAGCAAGCACAAAAUACAACGGAAAAUAAAAAUCACAAGAGCAAGCCCAGAAGACAUUGGCAACAGCAAACCAUCCCAAGUAACCAUCUCUGCUGCCAGUAAAUGCAGAGCCUGGAUCAGAAAUGUACAACUAGCAACAGCAUCUCCAUAGGCAACUCUGGGGAAUCACCCAUCCCAUAAAGGCCAAAUCUGAGACCAGUAGUGUUCACCCAUGUUGAUGAAUGCAAUAAAAUCAGCACAAU